GGUUUGCUGCCGGUUAUGUUAGUGAGCGAAGUUCAGAGAAAAAAGGCCAAGCUCGGCCAACGGUUCAACCAACUUCCACCACCAGCCACUCGCCCCGUUGUUUCUACUGUACUAUCGACUGCCAGAUCAUCCAGAGCGUUAGUGUGCUGCAUCUUGAGCCCAUAUACCGGCACGUUUCUAGGGGCAGCGACGUGGCAGCGCGAGCGGUAUCGAGGGACGGUCGUCCACUGGCGCAUUGAGAUAUCUGCGUCAGGGUCUGACCCGAUGGCCGUUGCUGGAAGAUGAAUUCACUGAAUAUACUGUCGUCCCGAGUCAUUGGACAGUCCUCAUCUACUAGUCCUCCGCGCCAUCGCUCUCGCUCGCAGGACGAGGUGCUCUCAGGCAGUCCGCGCAGUGAUUUGGCCAAGACCCGAUCGUUUAGCCACCAACAGCUCAAUGACUUGGACCUCUUCGAGAAGGAACGCGAAGGCAGGUCCGAUCAGUUCGAGCCUACCGACGCCGACAUCCAUACCCUCGAUGAGAAAUCCCCUCUUCUACAGACGCUCCAUAAAGAUGUCACUCUCCCGGUUCACAGUAGACUCCAUUUGAUUGCUCAGCGACUCUUCGACGCCAUUGCGGAAACGAUCAAGGUUAUACUCUCCACUCUUGCUGCACCUGGGGUCUAUGCUGCGCGAUGCUUCCGAGAUGAUGAUGGGCACUACUCUCCCCUUGUCCCCGUGAAGAAGUUAGGACGUGCGAUGUCGAGUAACAGUGGUCCACCAUCAAAAGGAGGGAAGCCGUCGGGGCACGGUAAGGGAAGCAAACGGUCUGAGAAAUCUACCCGCCGCGAUCCUUCCACCAGGAAGCUCCGAAGUUCCACAUCGCGGGAUUCCAUGGUCUCAACGACUUCCGACUCUGAAGCGGAUCGACGAGGUGAUAUCAAGACUUCCGGUGGUACAGGGCGCCAUGGCAAGACAAAGGCUCAUAAUGCAGAACCCGCAGCCGAAGACGGUACUCCUCGACGUUCUAUACGGAUCAAGCUCCACAACGAAGAUGUUCUCAAAAGGCAGAAGCAGCGACGAUCGCAGAGCAUAGACUCGAAUCAGGACGUUGAUAACCCGGGGAAUUUUCAGGCCGGUCUCGCAGCGGAUAUUCUCAAGUCACCGACGUCUCCCUCCUCUCAUAAGAUCACCAAGUAUCCCCACUCUCCUACUCCUCCCCGUCCGCUGGUCCCUCCGCGUCAGCCUUCGUACACUGCAGGUACACGCGGCUCUAGGAUUCCACAGAAAACACUGGUGCUUGAUUUAGACGAGACGCUUAUCCACUCCCUGGCAAAAGGUGGUCGGAUGUCGAGCGGCCAUAUGGUUGAGGUCAAGCUUGCCACUCCAGUGACUACCGCAGUGACACCCGGUUCAGCGCCCACGACCCUGGGUCCUCAGCAUCCCAUUCUGUAUUAUGUCCACAAGCGACCUCAUUGCGAUGAGUUUCUCCGCAAGGUCUGCAAGUGGUACAAGCUUGUUAUCUUCACGGCUAGCGUUCAGGAGUAUGCCGAUCCGGUCAUCGACUGGCUUGAGCAGGAGCGGAAGUACUUCCACGCCCGAUAUUACCGGCAACACUGCACUCUGCGCAAUGGGGCGUACAUCAAGGAUCUCAGUUCUGUAGAACCAGACUUGAGUAAGGUCAUGAUCUUAGAUAACAGCCCGAUGAGCUACAUCUUUCACGAAGACAACGCGAUCCCGAUCGAGGGCUGGAUCAACGACCCUACGGAUAACGGUCUGCUGCACCUCAUUCCCAUUCUGGAAGCGCUCCAGUACGUCACCGAUGUACGAGCACUUCUAGCACUAAGAAGGGGUGAGGCCGAAUCAUGAUCCUGUUCCCAUGUAUCGAGCACGAGAAAAGAUGCGGGUACGAAUAUUACGGAUAUCAUGUCUGUUGCCUUUGUUUUCCCCCUGUUUCUGGUCCUGCCUUGUAAAGAGAAACCCGGCAGAUGUCUCCCCGCUCGAUGAGUGCAUAUCGUCAUACCCUUCCGCACAGCCGAUUGUAUUUUUUUUUCCGUAUUUAUCUUCUUCUUUUCUUGCCUUGGCUUCCUGACAAGCCCUCUAAACGCAUUGUAGUCCUCUUUGAGUGUUCGUGUCUAUGUCUCUAAUUCGAUUGUUGCCCGUGG